AUGGCCUCGACAGAGCGAGAGCACGGCGAGAAGCUGCGGAUCCUGAUCGUGCCCUUCUUCGCCACCAGCCACAUCGCCCCCCACACCGACCUCGCCGUCCGCCUGGCCGCGGCCAGGCCGGGCACCGUUGAGCCUAGGGUGGCGGUCACCCCGGCCAACGUCCCGGUCGUUCGGUCGGCUCUCGACCGGCACGGCCACUCCAUGGCGAGUCGAGCCGUCCGGAUAGCCACCUACCCUUUCCCGGAGGUGGGCGGCCUCAAGCCGGGCGUCGAGAACCUCUCCACCGCCGGGGCCGACGCGUGGCGCAUCGAGGCCGCGGCCAUCGACGAGGCGCUGACGCGGCCCGCGCAGGAGGCACUCGUCAGGGAGCUCUCCCCUGACGCCGUCUUCACCGACGUCCACUUCUUCUGGAACUCCAUCAUCGCCGGCGAGCUCGGCCUGCCGUGCAUUACGUUCAGUGUCAUCGGACCCUUCUCGAACAUUGUGAUGCACCACCUCGGCGGUACAGUUACAGUCGACGGCGACUCUGGUUGCCAGGAGGUGGCUGUGCCAAGUUUUCUAGGCCCAGAAAUACGGAUCCCGAGGGCCGAACUGCCGGAGUUCUUGAGGUACCAGGAGAAAGACGACGGAUUCAGCAGCCCGAUCAUGGCGGGGCAAGCCAGGUGCUUCGGAGUAGUCGUCAACACGUUCAUGGACCUGGAGAGCGAGUACUGCGAGCUGUACGCGCGCCUCGGCCACGUCAAGCGCGCCUACUUCGUCAGGCCAGUGUCGCUGCCGUUGCCACCGGCCGGGGCAAGCGCCGGCGAGUCACCAUGCAUCCGUUGGCUAGGCUCGAUGCCAAGAUGCUCGGUGGUGUACGUAUGCUUCGGCACCUACGCCUCCAUCUCUGGAGACCAGCUCUGGGAGCUGGCUCUUGGACUGGAAGCCUCCGGCAAGCCGUUCCUGUGGGUGCUGAGGGCCGAGGGGUGGGCACCGCCGGCAGGGUGGGAGGAGCGUGUCGGGAAGAGGGGGGUGCUCGUCAGAGGGUGGGCCCCGCAGACUGCAAUCCUGGCUCAUCCGGCUGUGGGGGCAUUCCUGACGCACUGUGGGUCGAGCUCGCUGCUUGAGGCGGCGGCGGCCGGCGUGCCGAUGCUGACGUGGCCGCUGGUGUUCGACCAGUUCAUCGAGGAGAGGCUGGUCACGGACGUUCUGAAGAUCGGCGAGAAGGUGUGGAGCGGGGCGCGGAGCACGAAGGAGGAAGAGAAGGAGACCGUGCCGGCGGAGGCGGUGGCGCAGGCUGUGGCGAGAUUCUUGGAGCCCGGUGGGACGGGGGAGGCGGCGAGGGGCCGAGCGCUGGAGCUCGCCGUGAAGGCUCGCGCGGCCGUGUUGGACGGCGGGUCGUCGUCCUGUGAUCUGCGCAGGCCUAUCGACGAUCUGAUGGGGACAAGGGAGGCCGUCGCCGGCGGCGACACUAGUACGUCGCGCUCUGCUGAGAUCUAG